AUGGCAGGAAAGCAUGGUUUGGAGAUUGUAUUAAGACUGUGGCCACAGAAGUAUGAGGCCACCUGCUCUUGUUUUGGGACUGAGGAGCAGAGAGAUGAGAGAAAAAAGGAAAGUUUUAUUUUGGCCAUAGCCUCAAAGGACACAGUCCGUGGUGGCCUGCCUCCACAUGGCUGGGCAGAACACCGCGGCGGCAGGGGCAAUGUGUACUUCUUAGCAUAUUGGAAGCAGAAAGUGGACUACGAGGAGCUAGAGAAGCAGCUCAAGGAGGUGUUUAAGGAGCGCAGCACAGUCCUGCGGGAGCUGACAAAGACAUCCCGAGAACCGGAUGGAAUCAAAGUCAACCUUCAGUCUUUGAAAAAUGAUGAGCAAUCUUCCAAAACGGAUGUUCAGAAGCUUCUGGAGUUAGGCCAGAAGCAGAGGGAAGAAAUGAAGUCUCUCCAGGAGGCCCUACAGAAUCAGAUUAAAGAGACAUCUGAGAAAGCAGAGAAACAUCAGGCUACAAUUAAUUUUUUGAAGACUGAAGUGGAAAGAAAGAGCAAAAUGAUCCGUGACCUACAGAAUGAGAAUAAAAGCUUGAAGAACAAAUUGUUGUCCGGAAGCAAGCUGUGUGGGAUUCAUGCAAAAGAGUCAGAAAAAAUCCAAGCCCAACUAAAGGAGCUCCAUUAUGGGAAGAAAGAUUUGUUAUUUAAGGCCCAACAGCUCACCGAAUUGGAAAAGAAGUUAGCUGUUGCCAAAAAUGAGCUUGAAAAAGCAGCUCUUGACAGGGAAUCACAGAUGAAAGCAAUGAAAGAGACCGUACAACUCUGUUUGACGUCCGUUUUCCGUGAUCAGCCUCCUCCUCUCAAUCUCUUCCCAUCAAAUCCAUCACAGACAUUGCAUCCACCCAGGACAAUUGCUUCCAAGAUUCCAGAUUCGAGGACAAAAAGCGAGUGGCAGAAAUUGUGUUUUAUGGGUGCUCAGGGCAUAAUCUCUACCCAGGCCCCAGCAGAUAAUAUUGUUCUUAGUCCUGCAUCAUAUAACGUGGUGUAG